GCCGCAGUAAGGGCCCAAAUGUAAAAAGGACCCGAAAACCCAUUUAAUUUCAUAUAUAAAUCCUCUCUCUUCUUAACGCAGACUCUCUGAUUAGGGUUUGCCACCUGCUUCUUCUUCGUCUACAUACAACAAUGGGUAAGGGAACAGGUAGUUUCGGUAAGAGAAGGAACAAGACCCACACACUCUGUGUUAGGUGUGGCCGUCGUAGUUUCCAUCUCCAGAAGAGUCGCUGCUCAGCAUGUGCUUAUCCAGCUGCACGUGUAAGGAAAUAUAACUGGAGUGAGAAGGCUAUUAGGAGAAAGACCACUGGAACUGGUAGGAUGAGGUACUUGAGGAAUGUGCCUCGCAGAUUCAAGAGUGGAUUCAGAGAAGGUACUGAAGCUGCACCCAGGAACAAGGGAGCAGCUGCUUCUACCUAAGUCUUCGGAACGUUGCUUUUUUCUGGGCUAAUUAAUGAUAGGAGUUAAGAUUUUUGUUUAGGGGCAUGGAUCUUUCAAACAAUAUUCUAUCUGUUGUUUUCAUUUCCCUUCUUUCAAUAUGAAUUUAAUUAUGUUACAAUGUCAGGAUUGCAAGACAUUUUUUUUGUUAAAUGAGAAUUUGAGUUGGAUAUUUCCGAUUA